AUGACCUCGAUGGAACAGGAUCACAAACAGACUCCUUCCCCUUCUCCUCCUCAGGAACAGGAGGACAUCACAUUCCACACCGGUAUGGACGAGGAAUCAGAGACGGAGGAUAUGCAGGAACAAGAACACACUCAAGGACAUCCCCAGUCCACAACAGAGUCAUCACCUCUCGCAGAGGAUGCAUCUGAUGUCGAACUUGAAUCUGCCGAGCAUGAUCUUCAACACCUUGACCUCCAGGAACCAGAACAAAACACCGGGGAAGGUCCUACAAUCGUCCCCUCCAGUCCUCAACAACCAGCCUCUUCUGAUAUUCCUGCCCCACCCUCCAACACCUUCGCCAACCUUUCUCGGCAAUCCUUGCCCAACGCCAACGCCUUUGCUAAACGAAACUCAAUCGCCUCCUCAGAAACCGCCGCCACUGCGGCUGCAGCCGUCAAGGAGCCAACUAUCGAGCUGACGCCCCGCCUUGUCAUCGAAAAGAUGGUGCUCGUCAAUUUCAAGUCCUACGCCGGGCGACAGGAGAUCGGACCCUUUCACAAAUCCUUCACCUCCGUCGUUGGUCCUAACGGAAGUGGAAAGAGUAAUGUUAUCGACGCCCUGUUGUUCGUCUUUGGAUACAGAGCCAACAAAAUGCGUCAGGGCAAGCUCUCGGAGCUGAUUCACAACUCCAAGGGUGCCGAGGAUCUUGAGAGCUGCACAGUCGAGAUUCAUUUUUGUGAGAUCCUGGACUUGCCUGGACCGAAUGAGUUUGAACGCAUCGAGGGAUCAGGAUUGAUUGUGUCGCGUCAGGCGUACCGGAACAACUCCAGCAAGUACUUUAUCAACCGCUUGACGAGCAGUUACCUUCAAGUAACAGGACUUUUGAAAGGCAGAGGAAUCGACUUGGAACACAAGCGUUUCCUGAUCUUGCAAGGAGAGGUCGAGUCAAUCUCACAGAUGAAGCCCAAGGCGAUUACCGAGCAUGACGAUGGUCUGUUGGAGUAUCUGGAGGACAUCAUCGGAACAUCCCAAUACAAGGAGAACAUCGAAAAGUCCGCUGUUGAGCUGGAAGCAUUGAACGAUGAGCGGUCAGAGCGACUUACUCGUGUCAAGUAUGUCGAAAAGGAGAGGGAUGCACUUGAGGCCAGGAAACAGGAGGUGGAGGACUAUAUCAAGGACCAGAACAACUUGGCGAUGAAGCAGUCUGCGCUUUACCAGAUCUACUUGUGGGAGGCCAACAAGCGGUUCACAAAGGAUACAAAGCAGGUGGCUCACCUUGAAGCAAAGUUGGAAGAGGACCACAACAAGCACAAGGGACUCAAGGAUGAGAUCGAGAAGCUCGAGAACGAGCACAAUUCGCGCGUCAAGGAGUACGAGAAAGUCGACAAAGAAACGAGCGAGAUUCUAAAGCAGCUGUCCAAGAUCGAUCGUGAGGAUGUUCAGAUGCAAGAGAACAGGAAACAUUUGAGGAACAAGCAAAAGAAAGCCACCAAGUCUCUUACAGCAGACAAACAUUCACUCUCUGAGAACCAGUCAUGGAUUCGCAACCACGAAUCAGAUCUGGUCAAGCAGCAGACCGAAUUGGAAAAGCUGGAGAAAAGUCUAGAGGCUGCCGAGGAAGAACUUGAGGUCAUUCGCGAAAGUCUGAGAGGAAAGACGGAAGAGUUUUCUCAGCAAAUAGAGGAGCAUCAAAAGGAAUUGGCGCCGUGGACGGCCAAGAUCGUGGCCAAGCAGAGCGAGGUCGAUAUGGCUCAGUCAGAACAUGAUCUCCUGGAGCAGAGGUCGAGAAACGCGCAAACACAAUAUCGGGAAGCAGUAUCGGCACUAGAGACACUCAAGAGAUCACAAGCUUCGAAAGAGGGUGAAAUCCGAGAGUUGCAAGAGAACAUCGGAGCAUCUGCGGAUCAAAUUGCAGGCAUGGAGCGAACGAUCAAGGAAAUGGCAGAGAAAGAGACCAUCUUGAGGGAUAAGGCCACCACGGCAAGAGCACGCGCAGAGGAAGGCCGAGCAUCCCAACAGUCGAAUCAGACCCGCUCUGCUCUCUUGAAUAACCUUAUGCGUCAACGAGACCUCGGAAAGAUUAUCGGCAUUCAAGGACGUCUGGGCAACCUGGGAGCUAUCGAUGACAAGUAUGACGUCGCCAUUUCGACGGCCUGCCCUGCCCUGGAUAACAUCGUCGUCGACAAUGUCGAAGUUGGUCAGCAGUGUAUCGAAUUCGUCCGCAAGAACAACCUCGGUCGUGUCUCUUUGAUCCUGCUAAACCAGCUCCCCAAACGUAACAUGGGUCCAAUCCAAACUCCAGAGAAUGUGCCUCGUCUGUUUGAUCUGGUCCGACCUGCCGAUCCCAAAUUUGCGGCAGCGUUCUACAGUGUGAUGCAGGAUACUUUGGUCGCCACUAAUAUGGACCAGGCCAACAGGAUCGCCUAUGGAAGGCAGCGCUGGAGGGUCGUUACUUUGGAUGGACAGGUGAUCGACAAGUCUGGAACCAUGACGGGUGGUGGAACACGUGUCAACCGUGGCGCCAUGAGCUCGACACUAUCAACGGGCGAGUUCACUGCCGAGCAGAUCGCCCAAAUGGAGGCCGAGCGGGACCAGAAGGAGACCGAGUACAGAUUCCAUCAACAGCAGAAGGUCUCCUUGGAACGUGAAUUGCAGUCAACGAUUGCGAACGGACCCAAGAUGGAGAUGCGACUGUCGAUGUUCAAGAUGGAUGUUCAGGCAAACCAGAAACGGAUUGUAGAAUCAGAGAAGCGCAUUGAGGCUUUGAGGAACGAAGCCGAGCCCAAGCCUACGGAGGUGGCCAAGAUGAAGGCAUUGAGCGCAAAGGCCAAGGAGCUCAAGGAUGAGGUGGUGGCGAUCAAGCAGAACGCAAAGUCCAUUGAGGCCAAGAUCAAAGAUUUGCAGAACAAGAUCUUGGAUGCUGGCGGUGUCAAGCUGAGAGCCCAAAAGUCCAAGGCCGAUGGUUUGAAGGAGCAGAUUGAGGCCUUGGGUGACAAGACGACCAAGACCAAGGUUGCCAAGAACAAGGCCGAGAAGGACACUGUCAAGUUCGGAACACAGAUUGCCAAGCAUGAGAAGGAGCUCGCUGAGGUAUCUGUCGAUCUGGAGGCAUUGGAGCAGCAGAUCAAGGAGAAGACUCAGGAGGCUGUUGGUAUUCGCAAACGCGCCGAGGAAGCAAAAUUGAUCAUGGAGGAGAAGAAGGAAGAGAUGGAAGAGCUGAAGCUGGAACUUGAUGCCAAGUUAAAGGUCAUCAACCGGAUCAGGACGGCCGAGGUGGAGAUGAGGAACCAGCUGAACGAUCUGAAGCAAUCCUUGGCUGAACAUGAGCGUCGCCUCAAGCACUGGGGAGAUCUCUUAAAGGAGCUGACGAUCCAAGAGGUCGACUAUGAUGAAGACGAGAUUGUGGCGGAGCUGCAUGUGAUUGCAGAUACCGAUCUAGCCAUGAUUGAGAAACAGGAUGUCGAGCUUCAGAUCCAGCAACUCGAACACAAACUCUCGGAGGCGAAACCCAACUUCACAGUGCUGGAGGAGUACAGGAAGCGCGAGGAGGAAUAUCUGUCGAGAGCCAAGGAUCUUGAAGAGAUUACGAUCCGUCGAGAGGAGGCCAAGAAGGACUAUGAUGAUUUGAGGAAAAAGCGGUUGGACGAGUUCAUGGCAGGAUUCCAAAUUAUUUCCAUGAGGCUGAAGGAGAUGUACCAGAUGAUUACGAUGGGAGGCAAUGCUGAGCUGGAGCUUGUCGACAGUCUGGACCCUUUCUCAGAGGGCAUUAUCUUCAGUGUUAUGCCUCCCAAGAAGAGCUGGAAGAACAUCUCCAACUUGUCCGGAGGAGAGAAGACGCUGAGUUCACUGGCGUUGGUGUUUGCGCUGCACCACUUCAAGCCAACACCCCUGUAUGUCAUGGACGAGAUUGACGCCGCGCUGGAUUUCAGGAAUGUGUCGAUUGUGGCCAACUACAUUAAGGACCGGACCAAGAACGCUCAGUUUGUGAUCAUCUCUUUGCGAAACAACAUGUUUGAGAUGGCUGACCGACUGGUCGGAAUCUACAAGACUGACAACAAGACAAAGUCAAUUUCGAUCAACCCUACAGCCAUGUCGGUCAUCAGGCCUACCCCCGUUCCGGCACCGAUGUCCUCUAAUUCGGGUGCUAACGGUGGCGGCGGCGGCGGCGGACAGCAUAUGAGGAGGGUGUCGACGAUGUCGAGGCAUGGAUCUGAUACGACGGGUAUGACGGGUCUCGGUGGUGGUUCUGGAGCAUCUGCGCCACGACGCUCUCUCGCCGCCUCUACCCCUGCUGCUGCUCCUUCGCCCUCACCCGCCUCUGCCAGUCAAUAG